CAGUGUGUCCUCUUGCUGUAAUACCGCAGCUUUGAGUGUCGCUGCAGCGCUGGACGCGCAGAAUGUCGGUGAUACCGACACACACCCUCCCCGGAUACACACACCUGCCGCACUAGGGAAAAACCUAGUGCAUCUCUUCUCCUGAUUAUAAACGUCCUUCCUGCAUUCCCUGCAAGGUUUUGACCUCUGACCAAAAACCUGGAAGUAACAGCUUGGCAUGAUGGGACUGAGUAAAGAAGAUAGUAUACAGUAUGACAAUGAUAAAGUGCUUUAAGUGGAUUUGUGAAACCCCUGCAUCUUCAGCAUUAUCAUCAGAGCCAAAAGUCAGUGGUGUUGUACAAAACUCGAAAUUCUCCUGAUUCAUUCUGCUUGCAAUGACCUUGUAAUGACAUCCAGACACUCCAUAGAAUCAAGCAAGGAGAUUUCAUUUAGGGGAUAAAGAAGAAAUUUCACCAUAUAGCCUGUCCCUCCAGGACUGGUAUCACUGCUAAUGUGAUGCUUAUCAUGGCUUGUGUGACAUCUGCCGCAGAUGAGCCGGCAGGUGACUGUACUAGACCUAUAGUUAGUCCUCUGCCUUUUCCAGAACCUUCUGCAACCUCGACGAAUGACCCUAGUCAUGAAUGCGACAGCACUCUCAGUACUCCAGAGGCAACCCCACCACCCCCUCCACCUCUUCCGCCGCCACCCAGUCAACCCCACCCUUCACGUAAGAAACGACGGGUACGGAGCUUUUUCUGGAAAACUAUUCCAGAAGAAAAGGUACGGGGAAAACCCAAUAUUUGGACUCUAGCAGUAAGACAGCAGCAGUAUCAAAUUGACGUGAGGACGGUAGAGGAGCUUUUUGGCCAGCAGGAGGACGUUCGAACCAAGAUGGGCAGUGGACACCCUAGUGCUGGGAGAUCCAUAGGCUCGUUUAAAGAGAGCAAGAAUGAGAUCAGCAUCCUGGAUUCCAAGAAAGGAAUGAAUAUUGGAAUUUUCCUCAAACAGUUCAAAAAGUCAAAUCAUGCAAUAGUAGAAGAUAUCCGUUUGGGUAACAGUAAACAGUAUGGAGCCGAACCGCUGAAAGAACUACUCAAACUUUUACCUGAGUCAGAGGAGGUGACGAGAUUAAAGGAAUUCAAAGGAGACCCCAAUAAGCUGACCCUGGUCGAUUCCUUCAUGUUCCUGUUGAUUCAAGUGCCAUGCUUUGAGGUACGCAUUGAGGCUAUGAUACUUCAAGAAGAGUUCCACCCGUCCUGUGUGCUCAUGAAUCGUGAGAUUACUAUUGUGCGUCAAGCUACUGAAGAGCUAAUGACUUGUGAAGAGCUCCAUGCAAUUCUACACUUGGUUCUCCAAGCAGGAAAUAUCAUGAAUGCUGGUGGCUAUGCAGGCAAUGCUGUGGGUUUCAAACUAUCCUCUCUUCUCUCUCUGGCUGACACGAAGGCCAACAAGCCGGGCAUGAACCUGCUCCAUUUUGUGGCACUGGAAGCACAGAAAAAGGAUGAGGCCCUUCUGAAGUUCCCAGAGAAGCUAACACAUGUUCAGCGUGCGGCAAGAAUCUCAGUCGAAAAUAUUGAAGGAGAGUUUUCCUCUCUUUAUGUCAAAACACGUUCGUUGGAGGAGAAGAUUCAGGAUGACAAGGAGCUGCAAAAGCAGCUGGAUUCAUUUUUGCAGAGCUCAACACAGGCCCUGCAGGACCUUAAACGCCGCAGGAUGGACAUGCGCAAGGAGGGCAACGCUGUCAUUGACUUUUUCUGUGAAGACAAAGAGACCUUUCAACUGGAUGAGUGCUUCAGGAUCUUCCAAGACUUCUGUCUGAAGUUUAACAAAGCUGUUAAGGACAACCAGGAAAGAGAACUUAAAGAGGAAGCCAGACAGCGACGCUUACGGGAACUGGAGGAGAAACGUUUUGCCUGGGCUGGAGAAAAUAGUAAAAAAGAUGGUGACAAUUUUGGUCGCAGUAGUAGUGAAAAUGAUGUUGACAUCCUAACUAAAGGAGGCCUCAUGGACUUUUUGCUUAAUUCAAGACCUCAAAGCCCCCACAGUCCUUUAGGACGCUCAGCUAGUGCCCGUCGUUACCAUCAUACAGUUGGUGACCGUGGCUUUGUGGAGCUCCCCGCUGGGUCUUCAGCAUCUGAAUACACCAAGUUUAGCAGUCUUCCACGGUCAGGCAGGAACCAUAAAAGAAAGACCAUUCCCUGGCUUGUUUCACAAGGUGAUAAUAGGGAGCUGGGUCCACAAAGUCAGGCCUAUCAAGAGAGGGAUGCAACUUCACCAAAGGCUGAAACAGAACCUAUCAGUCCUUUAGCUAGAUACUCAACCUCUGGCUACAACAUGAACAAUGAUCGCCAUAAUAAUAAUAAUAAUAAUUACACUUCUCUCUCUGAAGGUGGAGUGAUCCCUCAAUUAGAUAACUCAGAAAUUUUUCUGGAGACAUCUGGACAAGGUGUUGGACACAUGAGUGUUUAUGUGGAGAAACACACACUAGUUCCUGGCCUUCAACCCUUUGAAAUAACCCAGAUCAAUAAUAACAGUUAUGUCAGUGUAGACAACCCAUGUGAAGUGAUUGUGACAAGCCUGGAAAGAGAUGAAGACCGUUCCAAACCAUUUGUCCUUGAUACCCCUCCAUCUAGUAGAAGUUCUGAGGAUGGACCCAAGCCAGAUAAACUAUUUGAUGACAAAACGAUCUUGUCCCAAUGGGAGGAGGUGGACAUGAGCACCAUUUCCUCAACAACUUGUGACACCCCACUGCCUCUUGAUCCCUCGGUGUCCAAUAAAAAACCUACGUUGAGUGUCAUGGACUGUACUGAAACCGAUUGUUCAAUCAUGUUGGACUGUUCUGAAAUCGAAAGUUUUCCCAUCAUGAAGGAAGGAUCUGGAAUUAACUCAAAGCUAAAGGAUGCCAACCUUUCAAGAGUCAUUCAGGAUGCCAAUUCCCUUUCCUCUAAUUUUGAGUCCAUCAGUGGUCUCCCAACAACUGAUGAAUAUCUCGCAGGAAAGCUUGACCAAGAGUGUCCAACAGCAUUCAGUCCAUCUGUAACUACUGAAGAAGCAGAGACAGAUAGUUGUGGUACAGCUGAGGGGCAUAGAGUUCCUGAGAAGGCAGUCCAGAGCCGUAGACCCAAAGCAACCAGUCUUGCCAAAACCAAGACUGGGACCAAAUCAGGGUGUAUUCCUGGCAUUCGUCCUUUAAGAACUCUCACGACAACUGAGACGCAAAGCAUGCGUAAAGUGGUGCCCAUUACAAGGCAGAAUCGAUCUAGUAGUACCAUAAAGAAGGCAGAAAACCCCCCCGGACAGGAAACCAGUGCUGAACCCAGACGUCCACUUCGUGACCAAAGCAUGCCAGCUAGAAGAGGUGAGAGACAAAGCAGACCUGCUCGGCAUUCCAGCCUCCCUCCAGGUAAUCCCAAAACACAAAGAGGAACACCAAACAAUGUUAAUACUGGAUGGGCAAGGGACUCCACUCCACGUGCAACCCCCCUCAGGAAAACAAGUGCCAAACCUAUCCGUAUCAUCUCAAAACCACCACCGGAGGAAAAGAUGUGUCGUUCAACAAUGCGAGCCUUGGCCCAAGCUCAAGCCCAAGGAACCUCAGAAGGAGUUACACCAGAAACUCCCAAGCACACCCACAAGGUUUCUUUGCCCAGCUUUGCCCGUAACACAGUAGCAUCCUCUUCCAGAUCUAAAAAAGACUUGCCCCCAACACCUGUAACAGGAACACCAUCAAAGACCUCCACUUUAUCAAGAACUGGCUCUCAGAGAUUGACUUCUGGUGUAAGAACAGAUUCUGUAAGUAGUGGACUUUUGACAAAGAGUGAAGAUAAACUAGGUGGGUCUUUAAGGAAGGUUCAAAGCGCAAGGGCUUCCAGUCGAAGCACUCAGAGUAGUGACACAACCCCUUCACAAUCUGGACGAGAGCACUCCUUCAAAAGUAGCAGUUUCUCAGAAAAAAACACACAGAUUAAAGACUCAGCCAGGACCAGUAAACCCACGUGGAAGUAGAGUGUGAUUUUUACUUACUACAUAUAAAAAACAAGACAGAUCAAUUUGUUUUCUGCACAUACAGUAGAUUUACUUAAGAGGCACAGUGUCUCAAACAUUGUUCUGAAUGUAUCUAAAGGCUUUAAAGUAGCUGAAGUAGAUGCUUGGCAAGAGUUUAAGAGUUAUGUAAGCUACUGUCACUAUUUGACAGCACAUUUUAGUAGCACUUUCACAUCCUGUCAAGGAUGGUUUUGAUGGCCUUUUCUUAUACAUGUACUUGACACGUAUCAUCAAACAUUAGGAACCAAACAAAUCAAUCACAAAUUAUACGUGGUGUUAGAUUAUUUUUUUAUUAAUUCUGCAUAUAUAUAUUGUGAGCUGUUCUCACAAACUCCUGAAGAAAAACAAAUUGUCAUAUAUUGACAUGCUUCUUUAUCGUGUACAAUAUUUAGUAAAAGUAAAGCGUGGUACUGUUUAAUAGGACAACAUUUCAUUAAAACAAAUGAAUGU